AUGGACGAAGCAAUGCAGCAGUCCGGCCCAGUGGUCGUGCGCGCCGGCCCGGGCCUGGCGGGCGAGGAUGGAGACGAGUAUUCGCCCGGCAGCCCGGCCGGGGGAUCGGCGGGGGCGCGAGGGAUGUCGCUGACCGCUCCGCCGCCGCCGGACCUACCGUCCGAGGGAGCCUAUGAUUCGCCGGUGGCGAGGGUGGCCGGCCUGCAGCUUGGAGGCGGGGGUUAUGGUAGCGGCGGGGGCGGGCGGCGGGGCUCUUCUCCGGGCGGGCUUGCGGGGGAUGCUGGCGAAAGCGGGGUAUCGCCGCCGCCAUCCCCGCCUCCCCGAACGUCGUCGCGCUUGGGGGCUCCGCCUGAUGCAACGCUUGCCGGGGGUACGGGCGGAGGGGGCGCCGGUAGAGCGGAGACGGGUCGGCAGCGGCGCGAACGGCUGAAGCGCGAGAGGGCCAGAAAGAAGAAGCAGGCCGCUGAAGGCGGCGGAGGUGGUGGUGCGGCCACCGAAAAAUAUAGCGAGAAGCCGAGAAUGCAAGCGCCCCACAUGCCUAGGAAUAACGCCAAGUCUGGUUGUGCCGAUUUUUGUACCGGCAGCGUGAGGCGCCUGCCUACGUCCCCGGACAUUUCCGGGGUACCCGCGAACGUCACGGAUGGUACCGAAGACGCAAGCACCGCCGCCGCUGCCGCUGCCGCCGGGGAAGGUGCUCCGACCGUGCCUCCCCUGGAACUCGGAGCGACCGCUGUCGUGGACGACGCACCACGCGACGGGGGCGAGGUCGGUCAUGCUCCUGCGGCCGCCUUUCCGCCGUCGCUUGGAGUGGCUGGCGGUUACUGCACGGCCGGGGGCGGCGAGAGCGAGGGGGUUAUGCCGGCUACCGCCAAGGAGGCGCCGCCGCCGCCGCCGCCUCGCGUGGACGGGUUGGCUGAAGUGGCUGGGGACGGAGUUGGCGGAGUUGGCGCUGCGGCAGGGUGGGGAGACGUAUCUCUGGAAGACAGCGACGAGGACGUGGAAAGCCAGGAUAAAAGCCACUCCGCCGCGGACGAGCUUUCAGAGGCUGCUGCCGCAGACGAGAUCAACAGCGGGAGUGAUACUGCCGAGCUCCCACACGCAACACCGGGUGGAGCCCUUCCUGCCGCGGCGAGCGCUGCCGAGCCAUCGUCUCCCGGUCGAAUAGACGGUGCAAGCGACGGUGGUGGUGAUGUUGGGAUCCCUCCGUCGGAAGAAGCUUUGUCGCCGUUGGCGGUGCCGGCAGAGACGGACGCCGCAGGCGCGGAGGAGGGGGGCAACACUAGCGGCCACGACGCGGACGGGAGUUCUUUGCAGCCUGGGGAGGCGGGAAAUGACCAGGAAGAGGGCGACGAUAGGAGCGACUCACAGCAGCCCCAAGAUCGGGAGGAGGAGGAGGAGGAGCUGAUUGGUUCCGGUGCCGGUUCGGCGGAGGCAGCCCAGGAGGAGGGGGAAGCGGUUGAGGGUACAUCGUCAACAUCAGUGGCAAAGGACGAAGAGGGUAGCGAGCCCCGGGAUGAUGAAGGCCUUGGCGAGCAGGAAGGGGAAGGGGAAUCAGAAGGGGAGGCAAACUCAUCGUCGCUGGCCGGAGAAGAACCGUCGCCCAACGAAGAACGGGGUUCUGCGCCGCCGACGGUCCCGCUGGCCUCCUCCCUCGGCCCCGACGCCGAAGACGUAGACACCGGCGAUGCGGGAGCGGCCGCCACCGAGCACGACAAGCCAGCGGAGGACAGCAGCGCGGAGUCGGCGGAGGGGGGUUUCGAAGGAGAGGCGGGCGUGGCGGAGGAUGAGGCGCCGGGGAGCUCGGUCGAGGAGGCCGGGGAUGCUGAUGGUGGUGGUGGUGGUGGUGUUGAUGCCGGCGGUUUGGCGGAGAGCGACGAGGAAGGGGAGGAGGACGGCGGUGGAGGCGUUCUUAACGGCGACGUCGGAGACGAAGACGAAGACGAAGACGAAGGCUACGGCACUGACGGUGGCGCCGCAGAGGAUGCCGAGUCGUUGGGGUCGGCGACACCCGAAGCCGCGCCCGUCGUCGCCGGUGGAACGGCAGACAUAGAAACAGAGGCGUCCGGCAGGGAGGAUUUGGCCGCCGCCGCCGCCGCCGCCGCCGCCAGAGAGCGCGAGGACGCCCUGACGGCAAGGCUGCUCGUGGCGGAGGAGCUCCUUCUCGAGCGGGAGCGCCAGCUGGAGUCCACGAACCUCGCCAUGGCCGAGAUCAUGCAGAACGGUAGUAAGGCGGGAAGCGCCGGCGACGGCUCCGACGGCGGCGCAGCUGCUGUAGCGGACUUGCGGGGUCAGCACGCGCAAGAGGUGUCGAGGCUGGAGGACUUGGUCGAGGCGGAGAGGAGGAAGGGGAAGGCGGCGGCGGACGCGGUCCGGUCGUGGGAGACGAAGGCGGAGGAGUUCGAGGAGAAGGACAAGAUGCUUAAGGCGUACAUGGACGAAGGGGCCAUGCUCGCGUUCAAGCAGAGCGAGAUGGAAAAGACGGUGAGGAAGGCGAGAGGCGCUCUCAGGGGUGUCCAGGAGGAACGAGACUCGCUGGCCAAGGAAAAUACCACGCUUCAAGCAUCGCUGGCCGGACUCCGGGAGCAACUUAGGGCCAAGGACGAGGAGCGCGCCAGCCAAACGCAGAGCCUCGCUGCAAUGGGGGCGGUCAGCCAGGCUUCGUCCCACCGCCUCAACGCCGCCGAGAAGGAGCUCGAGAAGCUACGCGAGGCUUUGUCCGCGAAGAAGGCUGCUUUGGACAAGUCCUGGGCGGAGACGAAGGAGCUCAAGCGAAGCCUGGCGGAGCUGAGGGCCGAGAAAGACGCCCUCACCAAGAGCCUGGAGGACGGGGGCAAGGCCCGGCAAGCGACGGAGUCCCAGCUGCAGCAGUGGCAAGACAGAGAGUCGACGCUCCUCCUGGAACAGUCACAGCUGCAGGAGACGCUGGAGCGCGUGCGGCGGGAGGCGGAUCACAGGGAGGACGAAGCAAAGGACCGCCAAGAAGACGUCCGCAGAAGGUGGAAGGAGGCUGUGGGGCGUGCGGAGGCCCUGCAAGCCGAGGCGCACGAGUCUACCGCCCCUCUCCUCCGCCAGGUGCGUUCCCUCCAAGAGGAGAUGCGUCUGAGGCAGGAGGCCGUGCGUGCCGCCGAGGCGUCUCUGACGGACCGCGCUGCUUCGGCCGAGCUGGCCUGCCGGGAGGCCGAAAGGAGGAGGAGGGUAGCGGAGGCGGCGGUGGCGGCUUCUGACGAGCAGGCCCAUAAGGCAGAGGGAGAGGUGGAAAGCCUGGGAUUCAAGCUCACUCGUCUCGAGACGUCCUACCAGGAGCUCAAAGCCAAAUGUCACCAACACGCACAGAGAGCUUCCGAGGUGGAGGUGGAGCUGUCUACCCUGAAGGAGUCGUCGAGGGCGUCGGCCUUGCAGCACAAGAGCACCGAGGCCAAGCUCAGGCUCCAGCUGGGAGAAGCGGAAGACCGUGCGGCCGAGGCCCUCCGUCGGUUGGAGGGCGAGAGGAGGGAGGCCAAGGACACCACGAGCAGCCUCAAGGAGCAGCUAGACGCGCUCAGGCGGGGGGGGCAGCAGACAAGCAGGCUCUACGGGGGGUCAUUGGACAGGGGAGGCAGGAGAGGUCCCCCGGAGACGUGGAGUCGGAGAGACUCGGGUUCUUUUUCGAUCGACGACUCCUUCGCAGGCAGUCAGAGCGGGACUCCUCGAGCGGGGGUCGCUGCGAACGGCGGGGGGGGCGGGGGCGGGGGCGGGGGCGGGGGCGGCGCUUCAUUCGCUGAGGUGGAGCGACUUCACAGUCUCGCCAAGCAGCGCCAGGGGCAGGCGGACGUCCUGCAGCAACGUUUGGAAGCGGUGCAGGCUACACGAGACGCCCUGACCGAAGAAGUCACUUCGCUGGGGAGGAGAAACACCGAGCUGGAGGCCCUCGCCAAGGCCGUGCCCCUAUUGAGAGACCAGGCCCUAGAGCUGCAGGACAAGAACGGCGUCCUGCUGGACCUCCUCGGGGAGAAGACCGAGGACUUGGAGGCUGUGCAGGCGGAUAUGCGGGAGAUGCAGAACAUGUACCGGGCGCAGUACGACGAGCUCUUGACAAGGGCUGGUGCUGGAGUGGACAACGGGACCCGUCCUCCUGCGUAGGGCAAGCAUGCCCUUGUACCCCAUCCGUAGCAGAGGAGGCUAAAUAGUUUUUGGCUGCUCAUCUAUGCAUACAGUCGGCAGAUAAUUUUUUUUUUGUUUCAUGCGAAAAUUUGGUGAGGUGUGUCACCGGGUUAACAUGGUUUUGGCGACGCGACCACUCGAUGCGGUGAACGUGCAGGAAUGCAUGCGUACCACGGAAAUGCGGUAUUCGAUCAAGUCUUUGUGUCAUGGCGAGAAAGGGGAGAGGUUGGUGCGCCCAAGACGAGCGGAAACACCAUCAGCGGUUGGGGAACCCUACCACCGCGAUCGACCCUCUGCCCUAGAGGCACGCGAGGUCUAUUCCAGCGUGUCAAGGGAAAUUCGGGCUGUAGAUAAGACCGGAAGGGAAACUUCCCUCACCUUCGACCCGUGUCACGAUAACUCUCCUUCCUGCACAGCUUUCUGGGCAUUGGGUCAUCUCGCGAGCUGUUUUUCGCUUCUUCGUGAGGAAGCAUGACUUACCAUGACAUUUAUAAGACAGUUAAUGGAGGCACGUAUACAUAUACCGCGCGUUCUCGCGUGUGGCGUUUGUUGUUUUCUUUUGCGUCUAUUUUUUGCAGAGAUUUUUUGUGGGAGAGAUGUGCGGGGGGCUCCUUGAUGUAGUAAACACCCCAUUAUGAAUAUUCCCAAGCCUUCUCGUUCGGUUUAUCCUGCGGUGUGUUUCGGGCGCGGCUUCGAGGGUGCAGUUGCGUGAUGCCCGAUUAAUGUCUCGGUGGCCGUGCGAGUGUUGCCGGUGGUGCCCAGUUGUCCCCCGCUCGCGAAUACGUUUGUACACGAAGGUGCGACGUGGCCUCUUGUGUCGGGCAUUUGCUCCCGUUUUUCGACAGGUUUUCUGGUGUUGCAGCUUCAUCGUCGGGGGGUGUAUCGCAGUGAUGUUUCUGGCAUAUUGCGGCAGGAACCAUUACCAUCGGACAGCGGCCGAGAAAUCGCUUCCAAAAUCGGCGAUUGCCGCCGCAAACGGGCGCGCGGUGUUUCUACACGGCUGUUGAGGACGAUGUUCUCCGUCUAGUCUAGAAGUGUUUCGAGCAUGGGUAGCGGCAAGCAUCAAGUGUCGGGUAUGAAGAAAUCGUGUUGUUGUUAUUUCCCCAAAAAAUUGAAACCAUGAGUAUUGUAAUGCUGCCCGAUAAAUUACGGGAAGCUUGCCCUCGAGCUCUCACCACCGGCAUGGU